AUGUUCCGUGGUGAGCUAGCAAAGGUUCGUGCUGAACUAGAACCUUGGGAAAAACUAUUGAUUGAGCACAAUGGAAAACUUGAAGUUACGUCUACCGAAAGAAAACUUUUAAAUGAGAAGCUUGAAGCUGCCUGUGCUGCUUAUGAUGAUGCUCAAAAGAAGAUCAAACUUGAAGCAGUGGAAACUUGCAAACUAGAACAAGAGUUUCUCAAAGAACAAGAAAAGCUGAUUCCUCUUGAACAAGCUGCAAGACAAAAGGUUACCGAGCUUGUGUCUGUUAUGGAAUCUGAAAAGAGUCAGGGAUCUGUCUUAAAAGCACUACUGCAAGCUAAAGACUCAAACAUCAUAGAGGGGAUUUAUGGUCGAAUGGGUGAUUUAGGCGCUAUUGAUGCAAAAUAUGAUGUUGCCAUAUCAACAGCAUGCCCUGGACUUGAUUAUAUUGUCGUGGAAACACCUGCUGCAGCACAAGCUUGCGUGGAGUUACUUCGCAGUAAAAACCUUGGUGUUGCAACUUUCAUGAUUUUGAGUCUAGCCCUUGUAUCAUUUUUCCUUCCACUUGAAAGUAUAAUUGUCACUGUGUUGCAAACAGUGGGUUUGAUUUGCACAGGGACUUGCGCAG